CCAGCCCCCCAGAACGGCUUUGGAGCAGGCUUUGGGGGAGGCAUGAAGCCCCAGAAGCCAGGAUAUGGUCCUGGAAAUGGACUGGGAGCCCCAGCAGGCCCUGCAGCUCAGAAUGGCCAUGCACCAGGCUUUGGAGCAGGUGUGAAACCCCAGAAGCCAGGCCCAGCCCCCCAGAACGGCUUUGGAGCAGGCUUUGGGGGAGGCAUGAAGCCCCAGAAGCCAGGCCCUGCAGCUCAGAAUGGCCAUGCACCAGGCUUUGGAGCGGGUGUGAAACCCCAGAAGCCAGGCCCAGCCCCGCAGAACGGCUUUGGAGCAGGCUUUGGGGGAGGCAUGAAGCCCCAGAAGCCAGGAUAUGGUCCUGGAAAUGGACUGGGAGCCCCAGCAGGCCCUGCAGCUCAGAAUGGCCAUGCACCAGGCUUUGGAGCGGGUGUGAAACCCCAGAAGCCAGGCCCAGCCCCGCAGAACGGCUUUGGAGCAGGCUUUGGGGGAGGCAUGAAGCCCCAGAAGCCAGGAUAUGGUCCUGGAAACGGACUGGGAGCCCCAGCAGGCCCUGCAGCUCAGAAUGGCCAUGGACCAGGCUUUGGAGCGGGUAUGAAACCCCAGAAGCCAGGCCCAGCCCCACAGAACGGCUUUGGAGCAGGCUUUGGGGGAGGCAUGAAGCCCCAGAAGCCAGGAUAUGGUCCUGGAAACGGACUGGGAGCCCCAGCAGGCCCUGCAGCUCAGAAUGGCCAUGCACCAGGCUUUGGAGUGGGUAUGAAGCCUCAGAAGCCAGGCCCUGCAGCUCCCAUCAGCCCCGGACCAGGCGGCGGUGAGGGCAUGCAGCCUCAGAAGCCAGGCCUCGCAGGGGGCAUGAGCCCUCCAAAGCCAGGGUACACACCGGGAAAUGGGCCCCCACCUGGCCAGGAAGCGGGUGUGAAACCUCAGAAGCCAGGAUAUGGCAGCAGAAACGGGCUGGGCGCCCAGGCAGGUCCCUGCCAUGGGAAGGCUCCUCCAUUGCUUCACCCCAGGCUUCCCACUCCAGGAGGCCCUGCUGAUGGAGCAGGUGGCUGGGGCUCCAAGCCCCAGCCUGCUGCCCCGGGGCAGAAUGGCAGGUUCCCAGCACCGACGCCAGCCUUCCCGUGGGGACUGAAGCCUCAGAAAGCAGCGUUCCGCCCCUCAAAUGGCUACGGACCCGGAGCAGGACUGGGCUUUGGUGGUGGCCUCAAACCUCAGACAGUUGGUCUCACUUACAGGAACCGCGGCCUGGGCGCCGGGGUCUUCACCGGGGCCCUCCUGCAGCCAGGGUUCCCCGGGGCCGAUGGCUUCAGAGACCGGUACGGCGAAGAAGCACUGGUGUACCCCGAAGCUGCAGCUCCAGCCUCUGAAGGAAACGGUCAGACUGAGGCUUUGUGGGGCUCUCCUUGGCCCUCCCUCCAGCCUUGGGGGGCUGCCUGGAACCCCGGAUAUGAGGCCGGAGGUGCAUAUCCAGGGCUCGAAAGCCAGCCAGGGCCCUAUGAGCAGCUGAGGCCAGAGCCGGGCCCCGGACCCUUUGGAGGCGCUGAGGUGCGGCGAGGCAGCAGUGGCCCGCUGGACAACGGCUAUGGAGGCCACUGCCCUUUUGGGAAGUGCUGAGCCCCUGAGCUGAUCCACGGUCAUCCUGAGAGCCUCCGGACCAGAGCCCGGUCUGCUUGGCAAGGACGGCCAGGCCUUGGGCCUGGUCCCUGGCUGGGGGUCUGCUGCGGGCUGGAAGGAUUAAUAAAGGCGAUGUGCUUCUC